AUGGGACCCGAGAACCUCACCUCUGUGACAGAGUUCAUCUUGAUGGGACUCACCAGCCACCGGAAGACACAGAUGGUUCUCUUUUUCAUAAUUCUCCUCAUCUACUUGCUGACUCUUGCGGGGAACCUGGUGAUCAUCAUCUUGGUGCAAGCCAACUCCAGCCUCCACACCCCCAUGUACUUCUUCUUGACGCACCUCUCAGGACUGGAGAUCUGUUAUGUUACUAGCACCUUGCCCCAGAUGCUGGCUCACCUCCUGUCUGGAAAUGGAGCCAUCUCCUUCACUCGUUGCAUCAUCCAGAUGUACAUUGUUUUGUCCCUCGGUGCCACUGAGUGUCUUCUGCUAGGUGUCAUGGCCUACGACCGCUACUUGGCCAUCUGCCAUCCCUUGGGAUAUGCCACUGCUAUGGGCAGGUGGCGCCAGAUGCACCUUGCCUCAGCUUCCUGGGUAGGAGGAUUCUUCUUCGCUAUGAUCAAUGUGGUGUGCACACUGCGUUUCCCCUUCUGCGGCCCCAACCAUCUCAACCACUUUUUCUGUGAGCUUCCGGUGGUGAUGAAACUUGCGUGUGGUGACAUUCAAGUCACAGAAGCCAUCCUUUUUGUGGUGGCUGUGCUGAUCCCCCUCCUACUGAUCCCCCUGUCUGUCAUCCUGACUUCUUACGGACUCAUUCUGUCCUCUGUGUUACGAAUGCAAUCUGCUUCCGUACGCCACAAGGCCUUCUCUACAUGCGCCUCCCACUUAACCGUGGUCACCAUGUUCUAUGUCAUUUCCUUGUACAUGAAACCCAGGUCAGACACAACCCCUGAUAGUGACAAGCAAACCGCUGUGUUUUAUGUGGUGAUCACCCCUCUCCUCAACCCUAUCAUUUACACUUUGCGGAACAAGGAGAUCCACAAGGCAGCAGCUAAGAUGCUACCAAGAAAAGGUUUGAAAGAAAAAUACUGA